GACAGGAAGUGUGUAUAUAAUUCCACUUGCAAAGUACUCUGGCUCUUUUAGCCAUGCUUCUCCAUCUCUUCUUCGGUGUGACCCUCUUGACUGCUUUUGCAACAGCUGGCGAUGAAGCUAUCACAAUAAACUGUUGGAAAGACUCUGUAAACAUCACAUGGAGGAUCAGUCAGGAACUGACGCCAUACUCAACCCGUCUUUUCCUUGGAAACUGCAUACGGUCGAGUGUGACUACUUUGCCGUUGGGAGAUUGGGAACUACAUUUUGACUACAAAUUCAAAGACUGUAAAUUUAAAAGAAAGAUGAAAGGAAAACAUCUAAUCCAUCAAAAUGUAUUGACCUACAGGCCUGGGGCAAAGUCCAAACCGCCAGCUUAUGAGUAUUUCUUUGAAUGUGUCCAGAGAAGGCCAGAAGGGUGGAUUCCUCCAUUCCUCAACCCGGCCGCCAGUGUUUCUACAGGGCAUGGUGGCCUCGUCUUCCAUCUGGCGCUCCUAAAUGAACAACUGUCAGGCAUAGCAAAAUCGAAUGUAAUCCCGCUGGGCUCGUUCAUGCCUAUCUGGGCGGCUGUGGAGCAGAAAGCCCAUCAACCGUUACGUCUGUUCAUGGAGGAAUGUGUCGCCGCCCCAACUGCAGAGCUGCAGCCAGAACAGCAGCAGCUUUACCCCAUCAUUGACAACAAAGGGUGUCUUUCAGAAAGUGUCGAGGGCAAUUCGGUGUUCCUUCCUCGAUACCAUUCAUCUGCACUUGUCCUUUCCUUGCAGUCGCUCAUGUUUGGUGUCGGAAAGGUGUAUAUCCACUGUAAACUUGUGGCGUGGGAUCCGGAAGUCCUUGAUGAAAGCAAGAAGGCUUGUCAAUAUUCAAAGCAGAAUGGCGGAUGGGAAUUACUAGACGACCCAUCCCAGAACAAGCUGUGUAGCUGCUGUGAUAACGCCUGCAGAGCCCGGCCCAGAAGAGGAACUGAAUGGGAAUCCCAUGGCCUGAGUCAACUUUCAGUGUUGGGACCUUUGGUCAUCGUGGAUAUGUCAGACACAAGUCUGACCGCCUAAAACAGAUGGAGCUCUUUGCUUCUAAUAAGCAUGCAUGUGGAUGUACAGUUGCACAGAGAAUAAAAUGCUCUCUGACCAAA